CUGAACCCUCGGAGAAGCGGCGGCGGCGGCGGCGGCGCGAGCAGAGGAGCGAGCUCACCGGCGGAGGAGGAGGGGAGAGGGGGCGAGAUGCCGCGGCCGGAGGUGCAGGCGCCGCCGGAGAUAUUCUACAACGAGUCGGAGGCGCGCAAGUACACCACCUCCUCCCGCAUCAUCGAAAUCCAGGCGAGGAUCUCCGAGAGGGCGCUGGAGCUGCUGGCCCUCCCCGACGACGGCGUCCCCAAGAUGCUGCUCGACAUCGGGUGUGGUUCCGGGCUUAGCGGCGAGACGCUGACGGAGCACGGCCACCACUGGAUCGGGUGUGACAUCUCGCAGUCCAUGCUUGAUGUUGCACUGGAGCGGGAAACGGAGGGAGACCUCUUGCUCGCAGACAUGGGCGAGGGCUUAGGCUUGCGCCCAGGAGUUAUGGAUGGUGCAAUUAGCAUUUCGGCAGUCCAGUGGUUAUGCAAUGCUGACAAGUCUUCUCAUGAACCAAGAUUGCGGUUAAAGGCUUUCUUUGGAUCACUAUAUAGAUGCUUAGCCAGGGGAGCAAGGGCCGUUCUACAGUUUUAUGCUGACAAUGUGAAGCAAACCGAAAUGCUCGUGUCUUUUGCCAUGAAAGCCGGAUUUGCUGGUGGAGUGGUUAUUGACUGGCCUCAUAGUUCGAAAGCAAAGAAGUCCUACCUUGUCCUCACCUGUGGUACAUCUUCUGUCACAUCUCUUCCAAAGGGGAAAGGUGAAAAUGGUGAGAUGUGCAGCAGUGAUGAUGACGAUGAUGAUGAUGAGAGCAACGAUGACCAAACAGUCGGCACAUAUGGCCGGAACAGGUCGAACAAGAGGCAGAAGGUGAACAAGAAGAACGGCAGGGGCAAGGAUUGGCUGCUGAGGAAAAAAGAGCAGAUGAGGAAAAGAGGACGCGAAGUCCCCGCGGACACAAAGUACACGGGGCGGAAGCGGAAAACCCGCUUCUGAAUCGGUGGUUGGCAGUCAUUUAGUUUAGCUUGUGAGAAGCAGCAAGAGUGUUCGUGUCUGAAGAGUUUGGCUGUAUCGCGCUUCUGUUGUAAUACCACCGAGAGCUAUUCUUAAGAUAUGCAGCAGUUUUGGCAAAUGCUGUUAGUGUCAUGUUUGUGAGGAUAUAUGUAAUGAUGACAUGGUUGGUUGUUUCAUGUUUGCAUGGAUUUAUCAAAGUAUGCGCAAUUUUGUA